AUGUCACAAGUCUAUCAAGCAUCACAAUGCGAGACUACCUGCGUGUGUUACUCCACCUGUACAGAGUUACAUAUCAAUGUCCUGUCUUCCACAGGGAGUGUGUUCAGUGCAGGGCCUUUGGGACGGGGGAGAAGAAGGACACGUGUGAGAGAGACUGUAGCAACUUCAACCUGAUCAAGGUGAAGGACAGGGACAAGCUGCCUCAGCCAGGACAGGCCUUCCCCCUGAUGCACUGUAAGGAGAGGGAUGCCAACGACUGCUGGUUCUACUACACCUACGCUGUCAACAAAAAGUCAGAGAAGGAGGUCCAUGUGGUGGAACCACUAG